AACCGAACCUUCGGCUCUCAGUUCUGGUUCGACAGGAGAAGGAGCGCGAGCGGCUGGUGGCUGCAGGUGACCAGGUCCGGACGGAACCAGAACGAGAACCGGUAGAUGCUCCUCACGACCUGCUCCAGUGCCUUCUGCAUGUUUCCCACUGAGCCAUCCAUGCCCAUCAACAUGACCAUCCCCCUCUACCUGUCCAAGGAGGACUUUGUCUUCACCUCCAAAGUCCAGACGUCAGCCCAGAGCUCCUGCCUCAGGUUUCAAGCCUCAGACCAUGUGGACCAGACCAAGCCCCAGGAUGGAGCCAUCCCCAAAAAAGAAAUGCAGAAAAGUAAGAAGCGUGUGACAUUUGCAGACCACAAAGGUCUGAGUCUGACCAAGGUCAAGGUCUUCUCGAAGUUCACAGACCCCAUCCAAAUCCCUGUGAACAUCCAGGAGAUGCUGAACUCCAAACUCACGCUACCGUUGGCCGAAGAGGACAGACUGGUAUUGGACUUCCCUCAGCCCUCCUCAGACUACCUUCAGUUCCGCCAGAACCUGGAGAAGAACCUGGUGAGCCUGGAGCACUGUGUUCUCAAGGAGAAGGCCUUUGCAGGAACUGUCAAAGUCAAAAACGUCUCGUUUGAGAAAUCCGUGACCCUGAGGGUGACCUUCGACUCAUGGAAGAGCCACUUAGACGUUGGCUGCGAGUACGUGAAGGACACGUACCCAAGUUCCUACAGUGACACUUUCUCCUUCGAGGUCCCCCUGCCCACCGAGCUGCGGCCCAACGAGCAUGUCGAGUUUGCCAUCUGUUACCAGGUGGACGGGAAGGAGUACUGGGACAGCAACCAGGGCAAGAACUAUCACAUCAUCUGGUCAUACAUGAAGCGGGGCUGCCACGCGGACUCCUCGCACUUUGGGAUCCACUUCGACCGUUACGGUAGCCCCACCUGUUCGCACGGCCUCCUCCCUGAUUGGCCAAGUUAUGCUGGCUACGAGAACAUCGGCCCGUACUACUGACCUCUGACAUCACAACUUUUUAACCUCAUUGUUUUUAACAAGAUGUUUACGUCAGGUGGGGGCACACGUGGUGAUGGACCGGACCAGAACCCCACCCUGACAUGGGGUUCAAUGCCACUUCAUCAUUCCAGAACCGGUUUUAAACUUCAGGACAGGAGCCAAACAAACCUCUGCAGAUCCGCUCCAAGACUGUUGGGUUUUUACUUUCAGUGACGAUAUGAACAAACAAUUAGCAUGUGCUGCUAACAGGAAGCAUCUGCUUACAGUAAUGCUGCUGCUAGCAAGAAGCAGCUGCUAACAGGAAGCAGCUGCUAACAGGAAGUUAUUUAUUUGCACCAGUUUGACUAAAUGAUUGAGCACCAGGGUGUCCAGCAGCUGUCUCCUACAAGUCCAGGUUUUAGUCUGAAGACGUGUUCCUUCUCAGUCGGAUCAUAUUUCACUUCAGGAAGAACUUACUUUAAUUAGACCACAAUGACUUCUGAGCCAGGAGCAGUGAGGAGCUGAGUCCUCAACAGACUGCAGGAAGUCCACUACAAGGUCCAAAUGAUGCAGGUUUCCCUGUCUUGGUCUGCAGGGUGGACUCUUCAGGGACCAGAAGUGAUCUAUUGGGCAGGAAGCCAGGUAAUUCGACCUAUACGAUAACUUCCUGUCUGUAGGGGACAGAGCUGCUGUCGGUCAUAAAGUUUGAUCAUGUGAUUAUGUAAUGUGAUGUUUUAACACUCAGGUCAUGUCAGUCUCACUGCAGCCAGGUUCUGUUAGCAGCCUGAGCCCACAGGUUUUAGUUUCUCAGAGUCGGGUAAACAGUGGAAACAGGAAGUGGUUCCGUUGGACCCGAAGCUAUAAUUUAAACGCGUGAAAAACAAUCAGGAAUCAGAACUUUGUGCUGGAAGUUGAAGUUCGAGGUCCGUCUCAUUGUUUUACAGGAUUUCUUCACAGAACAAAGCUGCAUGCACAUCAGACAGAGGAAACAGUUUUAUUUUGAAAGGUGAACAGAGGAAGUUGCUCUUGAACAAACUUUCAGUCUGUCUGUGCACAAAAUCCAUGAAAGAUAAGCUACAUUUAGUUUUUCACUGAGCCGCUUGGAUGUUGG